AUGAAGGGUUUGCACGGAGGUAUCCCCAUCGCGGUUCUGGCGGCCGUUGCGAAGGCCCAGGUCAUCGGAGGCCCGACUGGCAACGAUGGCCCUGAUGGAGUCGCUUACCCUAUCCACGACUCGUACUCGAGCACCGUCCAGGAAUGGAACAAGGACAACCACGAUGUCCACAUCGAGAACAAGUUUCCCCCGCCGCCUCCUCCGCAUCACCCUCACCCCGGUCCUCCGCAUGGUGUCCACCCUGGCCACGGCUACGGUGGACCUGGACCGCACGGCGGAUUCCCCCAUCAUGCUCGUGGCGUUCCUGCCCACGAAGAUACCACUCUGAUCGGUGGUCCUUCUGGUCCUAAGAAGCCAGGCCACAGUGAGGUGAUCGGUGGCCCAUCUGGCGAUGACCACGGUCAAGCUGCCGCCAUUCCCAUUGAGAACAGCUACUCCUCAAGCGUGAAGGAUUCGUACAAGGACGACCACCAUGUCGACAUCAAGCAUGAGCACGAGCCUUGGCCUCGUCCUCCUUUCCACCCUGGACCGCCUCACCACCAUUGGUCUCGUGGUGAGCCCAAGCCGCCCCACGGGGACACCAUUAUCGGUGGUCCCUCUGGAGAUGACGGUGGUAACACUGCGGCAAUCCCAAUCACCGACAGCUACUCCAGUGAUGUGAAAGACUGGUACAAAGACGACCACUCCGUCGAUGUCAAGCACGAAUAUGAGCCUUGGGCUCGUCCUCCCUUCCACCCCGGACCCAAGGGACCUCAUCCCGGCCCCAAAGGCAAAGGUCCUCACCCUGGCCCACCGUCUAAGCAUCACUGGGCUCGCGGUGGCCCCCCUCACGAGGAUACCGUCAUUGGAGGCCCAUCCGGUGACGAUGGUGGAAAUGUUGCUGCCAUCCCGAUUACCGCUAGCUACGACAGCAGCGUCAAGGACUGGUAUAAGGAUGAUCACUCUGUCGAUGUGAAGCAUGAGCACGAGCCAUGGUGGCCUCACCCUCACGCACCGCACCACCACUGGGCUCGCGGUGGGCCUCCGCCUCACGAGGACACCAUCAUCGGUGGUCCUUCCGGCGACGAUGGUGGAAACGCCGCUGCUAUUCCCAUCGAGGGUGAUUACUCGUCCAGCGUGAAGGAUUGGUACAAGGAUGACCACUCUGUAGACGUCAAGCACGAACAUGAGCCCUGGUGGCCUCACCCAGAAUUCUGGCCUGGACCACCCCACGGACCUAAGCCUCACGGCCACCCUGGACCCAAGGGCCCUCAUCCUGAUGGCAAGAAGCCGCACUAUGCCCGUGGCGUCCCCGAGAAGCACGAGCACCCCGAUGCUACUCUCAUUGACGGACCGUCUGGCGAUGACGAGGGCAAUGUUGCUGCCAUCCCUAUUAAGGGUGAAUACUCUUCCGAUGUCAAGGACUCGUACAAGGAUGAUCACUCCGUUGAUAUCGAGCACGAGCACGAGCCGUGGUGGCCUCACCCCGCUUUCCACCCCGGACCUCCUCCACCUCACGGACACCCUGGACCCAAAGGACCCCACCCCGGUCCCAAGAAGCCACACCCUGAUUCAAAGAAGCCUUACCAUGCCCGUGGCUUCCCCGAGAAGGAGAAGCCCCAUGACACUACCGUGAUCGGUGGACCAUCCGGUGAUGAUGAGGGCAAUGUCGCUGCUAUCCCGAUCAAGGGUGACUACUCCUCCAGUGUCAAGGAUUGGUACAAGGACGACCACUCCGUGGAUGUGAAAGAGCACUGGGACCACCCCCACCCUAAGCCUCACCACCCUCACUGGGGUGGCCCCGGCCCUCACGGCGGUUUCCCUGGCGGACCUGGUCCCAAGCGUGCCCUGCGUCAGCCUGGCGGCGAUUCGGACGUUAUUGGCGGCCCCUCUGGUGAUGAACCUGGCAACGUCUAUGCUCAAUCUUAUGAAAAUGAGUACGAUUCGGAUGUGAAGAGCAAGCACAACGAUGACCACUCUGUCAAAGCAACAGUCCCCCACUAUGACGUGGUCCCUCCGCCUCACCCCGAAGGAAAGCCCAAGCCUGACCACUACGAGACUAAGCCUGAUCAAUAUGAGCCCAAGCCCAAGAACCACCACGAACCCGAGCAUGCCCCUGAGUCGGAGCACUCUACUGUCCAGCACCCGCCUGCUGUCAUGAGCAAUGAGGACCAGGAGGAUGGUGAAGCCUGUUCCACAAAGGUCAAGCACAUUGUCCACACCGUGACCCAGACCAAAUUCCAGACCGACAAGGCUACCACCACCAGCAAGCCUACUGCCACCAGCAAGCCUACUACCACCGGCAAGCCUACUACCACCGGCAAGCAUACUGCCACUGGCAAGUUCCACGACCCGCAACAAGCUGCAUCGUCGUCAGCGCUGUAUCACCAGCCCCAGUCGGCCUACGCAAGCCCACAGCCAUCCCUCUACCACAGCGCUCAGUCAUCGUCGUCGCCCACGACAUCGAAGCACCUCCACGGCAGCGCUCAGGCUGAACCCAGCGCCGUCAUCCAUCACCAGCCCCAGCUGCAUGCCACCACUCCCUCAGCGUCCGUCUCCCAUGGUCCCUUGACCUCGAGCGUGACCGUCAAGCACGCAUCUACCUACGCCGUCAUCCCUGUGCACGUUCCAUACUCCUCUGCCGCUAGCUCUGUCAAGAUCUACGCUUCAGAAUCACCUUACAGCACUCCCUCGCCCAACGCACUUCCCAGCGGUGCAUCGCCUAAGCACUUCUCCCCCAACUCCGCAAAGAACUCGACUUCCCACGGCAUUGCCUUCACUGGUGGUGCUUCCCGCUUGACUGCCGGAGCUGGUAUUGUCUCUGUCCUCUGCGGUUUGGUCGCUGUUGCUGCUGCUCUGUAA